UACGUGGUUGUUUGGCAAGACAAGUGUAAAGCAGAGACAGACUGGGAUCCAGCCCAGGCUACAGGGAGAAGUCACCAGAUAUUCACCAUGGAGAGAAGGUCCUUGAAGGAGAGGAUGGGGGCGCAGCUGAUGAAGGAGCUGAACCUGAGCACAAACACACAAAAAAACACAAAAAAAGCAGUCACGGGAUUCACUGACUUUAUACAGAACAAGGAGACGGAGCAGACCAACAGCUACGAUAACGAAGAGAUGUUGCUGGAGCUAGAGAAGGAUUAUAUUGAAGCAGCGAAGAUAAAUGAUGUACAGACCAUGAAGCUUCUGGGGAGGGCAGUCAAGGUCGACGCAAAGAACUUGCAUGAUCGCACUGCCCUGCACUAUGCAGUUGCUGGAAAAAACAUAGAGGCCGUCCAAGUCCUCCUUCAGCGCAGAGCAAAUAUCAAUCAAGAGGACAAGCAUGGAGUGACAGCCAUCCACCUGGCUGCCUGGUUUGGGAGUCUGCCCAUCCUGAAGUUGCUUGUGCAGGGUGGUGCUGACCAGAAGGUUGAGAAUGCGCUGGGAAUGAACAUCAUGCACUGUGCUGCCAUCAACAACCACACUGACAUAAUGACAUUCAUUAUCUACGACCUGAGGAUGAAAGAGCUGGACAAAGAGGACCUGUCUGGACACAGGGCGUUUGCGUUGGCAGCAGAGCAUGGCUCUGUGGAGAUGCUGCAGAUGUUGAUGGAGGAGGCGUACAAUAUGGCCACCAUGGAGGAAGACCAGAAUGGGGACACACCUCUGCACUUGGCUGCCAGCAAUGGCCACUUGGACGUUGUCCAGAUACUGCUGGAGAGCUUUGAUACUCGCGAUGAAGUCAAUACGGCUGGGGAGACGGCUCUGUACCUGGCUGCUGGCGCCGCCCAUGAGGACUGUGUACAGACUCUGUUGGAGGCAGGCUGUGACCCAAACAUUGUCACCAUGGACCAAAGCAGUGCUCUACACCCUGUCUCAGAGAAGGGCCACACAUCGUUGGUGAGACUCCUCAUAGAGAACUCGGCCCAGGUGGACUUACAAAACCAGCACCUCCAGGCUCCUCUCUACCUGGCAGUGAAGAACUGUCACAUCCCUGUCAUCCACACACUGCUGGAGGCUGGCUGCAACGUCAACGUCACUGAUCACAGGUCCCAGACUGUCCUGCAUGUAGCCGCAGAGCUGGCCAGAGUGGACAUUGUUGAGAUGCUUCUGAAAGCUGGGAUGGACCUGGCCCUCCAGGACAAGCAGGGUAAAACAGCACUGGGUGUGGCAGCCCGAGCAGACGAGGUCAUCAUCGUGGACAUGAUCAUCAAGGCAGAGAGAUAUUUGACAUGGAGGAGGGCCAACACUGAGCUUAAUGAGAACCUUCACAGCCAGACUCCGCUGACGUUUAAAUUAGACCACCGUGCAGAGAGCAAACAGGUCCGCGGUAAGGCCUGGCACCUGGCCUACCGCCUGCUGAAGCCGGGCGACUGGAAGAGGCUGGCACUGCACUGGCACUUCACUGAGCAGCAGGUGGCUGCCAUCGAGGAGCAGUGGACAGGGCAGCAGAGCUACCAGGAACAUGGGAACAGGAUGCUGUUGAUCUGGCUUCAUGGGGUAGAGUUGGCCCAGAGGAGUCCUGCUAAAGAGCUCUACCAGGGUCUGCUUGCCAUAGGCAACAAGACCGUAGCAGAUAAAAUACGACUGGACAUAGAGGAAGGAGACGUGAAGAAAUGCAUCCUUUCAUAAAUGACAUGGACAUGUACGGGCACGCGUUCAGUCAACAACAUAAUUUUCCAAAGCAGAGCAUUUGUGUAGUUAUUUUUCAAUGGAUCUUCAGUAGUACACAUUUCAUUUAUACAUAGAGAAAUUGUUUAUUAUUCUAUGAGCACAUUUGCCUCCAAUUCAUGUUUUAUUCAGGUUCCAUCAUUCCAGCAAUUUACAUUAAGAGUUUAUAGUGCAGACUGUGGCCAAAACAUAAACAUAUGGCUUUGAUACAGUCCUGAAAACUUGAACUCAGGUGUUGUUCUCCACACAUCAUCAACACAAAAUAAUGUAAAAUGUAAUAUCACAUAAAACAGUCAGACUUUCCAUAAUUUAAAAACAAAUAAAAAUAAACCAAAUAUAAAAACAGUUGUCAUUCACAAUUUGAGAGGUAAAACUACUAGUGAAAGUCAUCAAAUGCUCUUUAAAUAACAAGAUGGUUAUAUCAGUCGCCAUUCUCCUUUCCAUUCCAGAGUGUUAGAAAUAUCAGAUUUAUUGAAUGCAUUUGAAAAAUUAUUUUCUCUAAUCCUAAAUGUAGUUCUCACAGAAAUGGUUCAGGUCCUUCAUAGUACCCUCAUAAGUGUGUGUGAGAGAGGUGUAGCAUAUGUCUAAAAUAUUUGGGAAUAUUCAAAUGUGCAGGUGUAUCAGCUUGACUAAGUCAUGCAUGGGAAGACUACGUCUAUUUCAAAUCAAAUCAAAUCAAAUGUUAUUGGUCACAUGCGCCGAAUACAA